AUGACAGCAAGACUUCUAAGCACAACCCUUGCUUUGCUCUUCCUUGGCCUCCUCGGGAUCCUGGAGGCGACAAUAUCAUGCAGAAAUGAAGAAGCUGAAGCUGUGGAUUGGUUUACCUUUUAUAAGUUACCUAAAAGGCAAGACGAGAAGAGCAGAGAGACUGGGUUAGAGUACCUAUACCUAGACUCUACAACCAGAAGCUGGAGGAGGAGUAAGCAACUAAUGAAUACCACCAAGAGUGUUUUGGGGAGGACAUUACAACAGCUGUAUGAAGCAUAUGCCUCCAAGAGAAACAACACAGCCUAUCUAAUAUACAAUGAUGGAGUCCCUAAAUCUGUGAAUUAUAGCAGAAAGUAUGGACACACCAAAGGUUUAUUACUGUGGAACAGAGUCCAGGGGUUCUGGCUGAUUCAUUCUAUUCCCCAAUUUCCUCCAAUUCCCGAAGAAGGCUAUGAUUAUCCACCCACAGGGAGACGAAAUGGACAAACUGGCAUCUGCGUAACUUUCAAGUAUAACCAGUAUGAAGCAAUAGAUUCUCAACUCUUAGUCUGCAACCCAAACGUUUAUAGCUGUUCCAUCCCUGCCAUCUUUCACCAGAAGCUUGUUCACAUGCCCCGGCUGUGCGCCAGGUCCAGUGCAUCCGAGAUACCUGUCCGGCACUUGGCCACACUUCAGUCAGCCCAGGGACAAAACUUCAUCCAUUUUGCAAAGUCUGAGUCUUUUCUUGACGACAUCUUUGCAGCCUGGAUGGCUCAACGGUUGAAGACGCACUUGCUAACAGAAACCUGGCAGCAGAAGAGACAAGAGCUUCCUUCAAACUGCUCCCUUCCUUACCAUGUCUACAAUGUCAAAGCAAUUAAGAUUUCUAGACAAUCUUAUUUCAGUUCUCAUCAGGAUCACGCCAAAUGGUGUAUUUCCCAAAAGGGCACCAAAAAUCACUGGACAUGUAUUGGAGACUUAAAUCGGAGCCCAUAUCAAGCCUUCAGAAGUGGAGGAUUCAUUUGUACCCAGAAUCAGCAUAUUUACCAAGCAUUUCAAGGAUUAGUUUUGUAUUAUGAGAACUGUAACUAG